UCUGUGCAUAUAAAGGGAAGGGAAACGACUGCAGGCAACAGUUGUUUGAAAGGUGACUGUAAGGCUCCAACUUCUCUUUUAAUCCAAAAUGGUGAAGUAUGAAGUGACUGUUACCACCUCAAGUCUUUUACAUGCCACCACGACAAACAAUAUCUUCAUGAAGCUGGUGGGCACAGAUGGAGAGAGUAAACGCACGUGGCUUAAAAGCAUCAGAGGGACCGCCACCCUCUACCUGGGAGCAGUGUCUACAUUCUCUGUGUCGUGCCCCACCUCUCUUGGAAAGCUGGUGCUGAUUGAGGUCGAUAAAAAACCUCUCCCAUUGUUCCCAGAAGACGCCUGGUUUCCCAACAAGGUGAAGGUGAGGUCCCCGGAGGGAGACGACUACAACUUUCCCAUUUACCGCUGGAUCGCUGACAGCGAGGUGCACCUGUUCAGAGAGGGAACAGCUCUAAGAAUCUUGGAUGACAACCAUCAUCUUGGCAAGUACAGCAGAGAGAAGGAGCUGAAGUUGAGAGAGGAGCUAUAUCGCUGGGAUGUUUAUAAGGAGGGAAUACCUCACUGCAUUAAAGCAGAACAUCCUCUUGCUUUGCCAAGCGAGGUCCGCUUCUCUUUCACCAAGACUUCAGAGUUCCUCUUGACUGCAACCACGGGGCUGACAGAGCUGAAUCUGAAGGGACUGGCUUUUAGCAAGAAGAAGUGGACUGACAUUGAUGAUAUACGCAAAGUCUUCUGCAACAAAACAACAGACAUAUCAGAGUAUGUCGAGAAACACUGGAGGGACGAUGCCUUUUUUGGCUACCAGUAUCUGAAUGGUGUCAACCCCAUCUUGAUCCAACGUUGUACAGUCCUGCCCAAGAACUUCCCUGUCACUGAUGACAUGUUGUUUCUCUGCGGAGGAAAGUCCUUAACUAAAGAAAUGCAGGACGGCAACAUCUUCCUGUGUGACUACAAGCGUUUGGAUGGACUGAAGGCAAACGUCAUCAAUGGGAAGCAGCAGUACUUGAUGGCUCCCCUUGUCCUGCUCCAUAAAACCCCUGAUGAUAAGCUGAUGCCGAUUGCUAUUCAGCUGAAGCAGACUCCAGCAGAUGACAACCCCAUCUUCUUUCCUACUGACUCUGAGUACGACUGGUUAACAGCCAAGAUAUUUGUGAGAAGUGCAGAUUUCAGCGAGCAUCAACUAAAUGUUCACCUGCUGCGCACUCAUCUGCUGGCUGAGGUUUUUGCUGUGUCACUGCUGCGCAACGUGCCCAUGGUGCAUCCACUCUACAAGCUCCUCAUACCUCACACUCGCUACACUCUGCAGAUCAACUUCUUAGCUCGACUUCUUCUCAUAUCUCCAAGUGGAGUUUUCACACAGUUUGCAUCAUCUGGCGGCGAGGCUAUGAUCACAAUCAUGAAGAGAUCCAUGUCCUCAAUGACCUACAGGUCUCUCUGCAUGCCGGAAGACAUUGCUGAGCGUGGGAUGGAGGAUGUGCCAAACUACUACUACAGGAAUGACGGACUCAUGGUUUGGGAUAUCAUCAACAGGUUUGUGAAAGGAGUGCUUGGUCACUACUACAAGAGUGAUGCUGAGGUUAGCCAGGACUCUGAACUCCAACAGUGGAUUCAAGACAUUUUUGAACAUGGAUUCCUCUCCCAGGCAAACACAGGAAUCCCUCAAAGGCUUGCAUCCGUGGCAGAGUUGGUCAAGUUUGUCACCAUGGUGAUUUUCACUGGCUCAGGACAGCACUCGGCUGUGAACUGUGGACAGUUUGACUAUGGUGGCUGGAUGCCCAACAAUCCCAUCUCCCUUCAACUUCCUCCACCAUCCACAAAGGGGAAAACAAGCGAGGCCACGAUGCUGAACACAUUCCCUGACGUCAACACAACAGUCCAGGGCAUGUCCACCAUGUGGCUGCUCAGCAAGCAGUCCUCUGACUUCGUCUGUCUCGGCCUCUACCCAGAGGAGCAUUUCUGUGAGGAAGUUCCCUGCAAGCUGAUAAGCACCUUUCAAGGGGAACUUGAAAUAUUAAGCACAGUGAUCAAAACCAGAAACAAGAGCCUGGAGGUCCCAUACACUUACAUGGACCCUGCUUUGGUGGAAAAUAGUGUGGCCAUUUGA